UAAUAAGAAUAAGAUAUCUUUCUUUAUAUUAUAAAUAAAUAUAAAAUCUAAAUAAAAAUAACAGGUACAAAUAGUAAAUCGAGGUACCCAUUCUAUGACAACUCUUAAUUUUCCCUCUGUUUUGGUCCCUUUAGUAGGCCUAGUAUUUCCGGCAAUCGCAAUGGCUUCUUUAUUUCUUCAUGUUCAAAAAAACAAGAUUGUUUAGAGCCGAGGGCGCAAAAUAUUAUCUUUUUUUUUUUUCAAAACUGACGCUUGUAUCAUAACACAGAUAUCCAUUUAGCUAAAUAUGGUAUAAGAGGCUUCCGUCGAAAUCUCCCCAAAAUGCUAUUAACUAGUUUCAAAUAGACCCGAAUCGACAAAUAGCUGAUAAAGCUGGUCUAUCUAUAUACAUGUGGCUAUCUUUAGUGAGUCAUACGAAGGGUGUGUUAUUAGUUUAGAUCUAACCAAUUUAAUGAAUUACUCCUAAAGGUUCACAUCAAACUAGUGCUAGUUGAUGCGAGUUACUUCGGAAAUAAACGGCAAAUUCAUUUGGGGUAUUCUCUCAAUUCCAAAAAAAGCAACCGGAUCAAGUAUGAGUUGUCGAUCAGAACAUAUAUGGAUAGAACCUAUAAUGGGGGCUCGAAAAACAAGUAAUUUCUGCUGGGCUGUUAUCCUUUUUUUAGGUUCAUUAGGAUUCUUGUUGGUUGGAACCUCGAGUUAUCUUGGUAGAAAUUUGAUAUCUUUAUUUCCGUCUCAGCAAAUAGUUUUUUUUCCACAAGGGAUUGUGAUGUCUUUCUAUGGGAUCGCGGGUCUUUUUAUUAGCUCCUAUUUGUGGUGCACAAUUUCGUGGAAUGUAGGUAGUGGUUAUGAUCGAUUUGAUAGAAAAGACGGAAUAGUGUGUAUCUUUCGUUGGGGAUUCCCUGGAAAAAAUCGUCGGGUCUUCCUCCGAUUUCUUAUAAAAGAUAUUCAGUCCGUCAGAAUAGAAGUUAAAGAGGGUAUUUAUGCUCGUCGUGUCCUUUAUAUGGAUAUCAGAGGCCAGGGAGCCAUUCCAUUGACUCGUACUGAUGAGAAUUUUACUCCACGGGAAAUGGAACAAAAAGCUGCUGAAUUGGCUUAUUUCUUGCGUGUACCUAUUGAAGUAUUUUAAGAAAUCAGAGAAAUUAAUGCUUUCUCGCGGGAGGGCAAAAAAGCAAGAAUCCUCUUUUUCUAUAACAUAACUUAAUUGAGGUUUCUUCAGAACAUUCAUUCGAGUCAAAGCAGACAUAUAUGGAACAAGUAGAAAAAACCUGGGGGAUCUUUUAUAUGUAUCGAAAUAUACACAUACACAUUACACAAUUACACAACUCAAUUAUAUUAUAUUAAUAUUAUAUAAAUUAAAUUAAAUAAAAAAAUAAGAAAAAAGAAAAUCUCAUAAUCAACCAUUUCGAAAUAAGGAAAUUCCCCCUUUUUAGUUGUUGGAAUUGAAACUUUAGAUUCAGAUAGAUCAGAUCUUGUAAUUUUUUUGAAGCUUCUUUUUAGACUUAAUGACAUGACGAAAAAUGAAAAAUUUGGAUCUCUUUUGGAUCUCUUAUAAUGUAGCCAAUUUAUUUAUGUCGUUUUUUGUCACUCAUUUUUCACAAUAUUUUUCAGAAAAUUACCUCAAUUAUUCUAUCGAUGACUACUCAUAGUCAGUUAAAUUUUUUCGAAAUAUUAGAGGUUUUUUUAUAUAAUGAUAGAAAAGGAGUUCUUUUGUCUCAAAAUCUGAAUACUAUUCAUUCUUUAAAGUAGUUUUUCCGGGCGUUCAUCGAAAAGAGAUAUAUGCUUCGAAUUUGACUGAUUGAGAUAUAGGGAAACAAUUUUUAUUAUUUAUCAUAUUAUUCAUAUAUAUAUAUAUUCAUUCGAAUUUUUCAUCUUUUUCCGUAUUUUUUUUUCUAGAUUCAAGGCCUAACCACGAAAUCACAAAAAAAAGGGUGAAUAGAUUCAUAGGUUUGAUAACUUGUAAUAGAACUGAUGCGUGAGAGAAAUAUUAGAUUAAAAUAUUAGAUUACAUAGAGUCGACGAAUGAGAUGGGUUCAUUAACAAUUCACAAAUGAAAAAAUGGCAAAAAAGAAAGCCUUCACUCCUCUUUUAUAUCUUGCAUCUAUAGUAUUUUUGCCCUGGUGGAUUUCUCUCUCCUUUCAAAAAAGUCUGGAAUCAUGGGUUACUAAUUGGUGGAACACUAGGCAAUCCGAAACUUUUUUGAAUGAUCUUGAAGAAAAGAAUAUUCUAGAAAAAUUCAUAGAAUUAGAGGAACUCCUCUUCUUAGAGGAAAUGAUCAAGGAAUACUCGGAGACACAUCUACAAAACCUUCGUAUAGGAAUUCACAAAGAAACAAUCCAAUUAAUCAAGAUACACAACGAGGGUCGUAUUCAUACGAUUUUGCACUUCUCGACAAAUAUAAUAUGUUUCAUUAUUCUAAGUGGUUAUUCUAUUUUGGGUAAUAAAGAACUCGUUAUUCUUAAUUCUUGGGCUCAAGAAUUCCUAUAUAACUUAAGUGAUACAAUAAAA